UUAUGUAAAAUAAACUGAUCUACCGACGAGUUUAUCGAUUUAAUCUAAUUAGUUACUAACGUAAUAUUUAUAUCGGAAAACAUAAGUACACGAAUUAAAGGAAAGAAUCGCGUAAAGAACAGCGCUCUAACGUUCAUUAUAUAUUCAUAUAUUUUUAUAUAGUGGUAAAUUAUUAUUGUUUUCUUAUAAAUGUAAUACUGUUGACAUUUCGUUGCCAUCACUUGGUUUUAAGAUGGUUAAAAUUUUCAAAAAAGUUGAUAACUCUUCAAAAUCCGAAACAGAACCGUUGCUCAACAAUAAAAAAAUUGUUCAACCGUUUUGUAAGAAAACGUGGUUCAUUUUGUCGACAUUGGUACUGGUGAUCAUUGUCGCUACAGCUGUAAUUAUUGUGAUCUCGUCGUUACAACCGAAGGACAAUCCUCCGAACGCUGGCAGUCCCGAUCGAGACACGUAUAAUAAUGUUGCGUCGGGAUCAAAGUUAAGUCCGGUAAGUAUCGGCACCAAACAGCAGCAAAUCAGACUGACGAGUGUUGCAACGACCAACGGGGACUAUUUCAAAAAAUGUGCUCCCAUUGUCGUUUGUAAUGCGGGUGACAAAUACAGAUCGUACAACGGGUCGUGCAACAAUUUACAAAACCCGAGCUGGGGCGCGGCUUUAACACCGUUCUACAGAUUGGCGGACGCUGAGUUCAGUGAUGGUAAUUAUACGCUACGAGUUCAACUAGACGGAAAACCAUUGCCUAGUGCUCGGCUGGUGGGCCUGAAAUUGUUUUACAUGAGAGACGUCCGGUACUCAGAUCACAAUAACAAUGAGUUGUUGGUCCCAUGGGGACAGUUCUUGACACACGACAUCUCUUAUUAUCCAGAUGAUAUUAGAAAUGCAACUACACCAGCUCAUUUGGAUCAUUGUUUCGAAAAAGAUAAAUCCAAAAUUCCCUCCGAAUGUAAGGCUGCUAUAUUAAUACCAAAAGAUGAUCCAGUAUAUGGCCCAUAUAAUGUAUCACUGUUCAAAUUUGUUCGGUCGGCGACUUCUGUGAAUUUUAGCUGUCCGUUAACACCUAGAACUAUUUUAAAUAGAAACACUCAAUACAUAGACGCGUCACAUGUAUAUGGGUCCGACAAAAAGACAGCGGAUAAUCUUCGAACAUUUAAAAAUGGAAGACUUAAAUCGCAGAUUUUGAAGAAUGAAGAAUAUUGCCCUCAAAAUCCGAAUUCGGAAUUUAAAAAUGGACCAUUAGGACCAUCUAAAGUUCAAUUUGCCGCUGGUGAUGUUAACGUCAAUCAAAAUUUGGCCAUCGCAUUGUUUCAAAAUUUGUUCUUAAGAUAUCACAACCAUCUUGCCGAUGAAAUGCAAAAGGUCAACCCGUCUUGGUCAGAUGAGAGAGUGUACCAAGAAAUUCGUAGAAUCAUGGGAGCAAUUAUCCAAGUUAUCACUUAUAAUCAAUUCUUACCGAUAAUUCUGGGUGACGAUUACAUGAAAGAAUAUGGAUUGACUGGUCCGACUACCUAUGAUCCUUCGAUAAAUUCAGCUUUAGCACAAGAGAUGACCAGUGGUGCUUUCCGAGCUGUCCACAACAUAAUUCCUGCUAAAUUUAAUUUUAUGGCCACAAAUUAUUCAAUCGUUGAUGAAGUAGAACCUUCUAGAGUGUUACUCAAGCCAGAUUUACUUAUAGGAAACUUUGACCACAUGUUACGAGGGUUUUUGGAAACGCCUGGUCGAGCUCCACAACCAUCUUAUAAUAACUUGAUAACAAACGUUGUGUUCAAAAUACCAAAUCUGGACGGAUAUUCUGGUUUUGAUUUAAUGUCGUACGAUAUUCAAAGAGGACGAGACAAUGGCCUUCCGCCGUACAAUAAAAUUAGACAAAUUUGCGGAUUGAAAAAAGCGAUUGUAUUCGAUGAUCUAUCUGAUUUAAUUUCAUUAGAGGACAUCGCAACAUUAAAGACGCUAUACUCCACAGUGCACGACAUUGACUAUCUCAUCGGUGCUCUUUUAGAAAAGCCCAGAAACGGAUCAAUGGUUGGUCCGUCGACAGCGUGUAUCAUUGGAGACAGUUUCUAUAGGUUUAAAUCAGGCGAUCGUUUCUUUUACAAUAUUCUAGGACAACCAGGAAGUUUCACCCCAGAACAAAUUAAAUCACUCGAAAAGAUCACUCUCAGCCACGUUUUAUGCUUGUCGUCUAAUUUAGAUCAUAUUCAAAAGGAAACUUUUAGAUACGUUGACCAUAAGUGGAUGUCGAAUAUAAAACGCAGCUGUAGAUCAUAUAAACUUGAUUUAUACCCAUGGAAAGAAAACUAGUACCAUGAAAUGGUACAAGUCACAUAAAAGACUAAUGUAAUUUUUUAUUUGACCAAGCAUUUAAAAAUUUUGUAAUCCUAAAAUAUAUUUUUUUCAACCACAUUUAA